UGAGAUAUAAACUUAUGUGUUCAGAACAUCAACGUGCAGUUAAUGAGUAAACAAGAAUUGAUAUCGCAACAACAUGGAAAGGAAAUUCUACAUUGUUCAAGUCACAAAUUUCAGUGAUUUGAAGCGACCAUUUAUAGUUCCUGGUACUUUUAUGUUGAAGGAUAAAACAGGAGCGCAUUACGUUUGCUACAUGGCUCCUCCUUAUUCGAAAGAUAGCGCAGAAACUCUACGAGAGAUUGUUCGCAAUUAUUCCAGCCCUGCAUCUAGUUGGCCAAUAUACAGAUGCCAAGUGUUAAAUACAAAAGCGACGUACGACGAAGCUUUACUUGAGUUGGACAAGAUUAAAAGUGAAGAUGUGGAUAAUGUUCAUUAUAUCGAAAAUACUAAAGUGCGUCGAAAGAGAUUAGCAACAGGCUUUUUAAAACAUGACACAUCAAACAUAGAUGAAACCGAAUCUCAAUCCAUGUAUGAUAUGUUAUCCAUUCCAGAGCUGCCAAUAUCAGCUACCAAUAAAAAUCAGGAAAGAGAGUAUAGUUACAACAAACAAGGUGACAAUCGCAUUAAAAAAGUAAAAAUUUAUAAAGAAAUAUCAAUUCAGACUGAAAGUAGUGAAACUCCAAAUUGUCCCCUCACGAAAGAAGUUUUAGAAGAAGUUUUAAAAAAAAAUUUUGAAGAAUUGAAAAAUUAUAUUGACAGAAAGAUAAGUCGUGAGAUGGAAAUUUUAUAUUUAAAAAUCAAAGAUAAAAUGCUCAACAUUGAAAAGAGACCUAUAUUAAAUACCACGAAUUUCAUCACCUUUGAUAGUUUCUCAAACAAAUAUUCUCAGCAUGAAUUUCCUUUAAAAACUGUGAAUGAAUACGAUGACUUUUCAAAAGACUUGGAAAAUGACGAAAGCAGCUUUAAAAGCGACUUAAAACAAUAUUUCUUGUCCACCAUUAAUUUUACCCUUGACGUAACUGACAACUUGAAGAUCAUUUUGAAAAAACUUUUAUCAAAAGAUGUCCUCAAAGAUUUUACACCCCAAGUACAAAAAAGUGGCAAAUCGGUUUUCAAGGAAACAAAACUUUACUGUUUACUUGAAGAAUCACUCAUAGAAAUUUAUAAUGAAAACUUAACGAAGGAUAAACACAUAAAUCAAAAAAUCAUAUUGAAGUCUAUAGGCACUAUUUUUAAUAAUGCCAAAGACUGGGAUGGGGGUCGAGCAGCUCGAGGGAAAAAAGAUAAAGAAAAAUCCAGUCAGGAACUUUUACUAAAUGUGACAGAAUAACAAGAGAACAGAGUGAAAAGUAAAAUUAUAAAUGAAGGGUGAACGUGCUAAGUUAAAACAAAAAAAAUGAACUAAGA